AUUAAUCAUAAAAUUGAAGCGAUAGGUAACAAGCAAACAUGGCUCUGAUUAUGGUAGUAUUAGCAUUCCUGUGUGUCUGGUCCAUAUCAGCACAAGUAUUACAUAAAUCAAUAGUACCGAAAAUAAUAAAGCAAGGUUCAGAUGUUAAUGUUUUCUGUGAUUCUGAUCUUGCCGGUGUCCCUCCAAAUGGCAGCCCUGGAGGCAUCAUUGAAGGCAUUUUUGCGAUGGAGCUGAGUUGGAAUGAAAAAUUCAAUUACUCCUUCAGUACCAAGUUUGGUACUGGCAGAACAAUUGAUGUAAACACUCACUGGCGAACUAGGGCUUCUGGAUACUAUCCCAAGAACACUCGUGGACUUUUUUAUAGGGACACAGUCAGGCUGGAACUCGAUGUGAUAAAUAUCAAACCAGAUGACAAAGGCAAGUUUUGCUGCUCUAGCUACAUCAGCAUGGACGGAAAAAUACAACUGCCCUACAAACGUUGUGAGGACUUUAUAGUUAGAGAUCACUCUAUAGUGGAAGAAAGCACAAUUGUACAAGAUCCAAACUUUACAUUAAUCCAAUGUACCCCUGAGCUCGCGGGAGUUCCAGAUACGGCAACAGAGAUAGAAAGAGCGGAGUUGUCCUGGCAAAAUGAAGAUUUCGAUCCAAACUUCUAUUUUUUUUAUACAUUAGGAAUAAUAGGGUGGCAUUUCAAGGACGCAUUGGCAUAUAUAAGCAACCAUGCUGGAAAAGAUCACUGGAGCAAGAUACCACAUGAUCGAACCUUGAAGCCCAACAAUAGAUUGAGCAAAGAUGGAACAAAGCUUGCUAUACUAAUCAUUGGUCUAAAAGACCAAGACGUUGGCUGGUUCUGUUGCAGUGUAGAAUACUUUGACAAAGCUGAUGUCAAUCGGUCAGCAUACAGGUGUCAUUAUUUAUCAGCUUCACGUAUUCAAGACGUAAAACUCUCCAGAAACGGGAGCUCAAUCAAGAGAGUUAACGGAAAUCUAAUCUUCGGGUUGCUGAUUUUUUCAUGGAUUCAGCUACACAUUUAUAGGGGUGAAUAAUUUUCUUGUUCCUUGC